ACUUUUCACAGGAGCAUACAUACGCAGCAGCAAGCUACUCUUCUGUCAGAGCAAUAAACAACAGCGAGCACAGGCGAAUGAACGAAUUCUUCCCCCGAAAUUUGCUAGCUAGCUAGCAAGCCACUCCACAAAUUAAAUAGGAAUAUCGUAGCAACCCAUCCACCCGACCCUAAUGCAGGAGCUUCGGCCAGACUGACUGGGAGAUGGGAAUACUAAAUAUAAUAGACCAGCCUCCACUGGUCCAGGCAAUAUUCAACCGAAAUAUAGAAGAAGUGACGUUUUUGUUGCACACGAAGGAAGAAGUCAAUGCACUGGACCAAGAUCGCCGUACUCCCUUACAUGCUGCUGCUUGUUUGGGGGAUGUUCACAUUAUGGACCUCCUCAUUAAUUCAGGUGCUAGUGUUAACGCUAAGGACCAAGGCUGGCUGACACCCCUGCAUCGGGCAGCAGCCUCACGAAACGAAAAGGCCCUGGCACUCUUGCUGAAGCAGGGGGCGGAGGUCAACGCACGGGACAAAUUCUGGCAGACACCACUGCAUGUGGCUGCUGCUAACCGGGCCACACGUUGUGCUGAGGCACUGAUACCUCAUCUUAGCAGCCUGAAUGUGGCUGACCGUUCUGGCCGGACGGCCCUACACCACGCAGCACACAGCGGACAUUUAGAGAUGGUGAAUCUACUCCUCAACAAAGGGGCCAACCUGAGUGCCAGUGAUAAGAAAGAAAGACAGCCUAUUCACUGGGCUGCAUACCUGGGGCAUCUGGAGAUGGUGAAGCUGUUGGUGUCUCGCAGUGCUGAUGCCAUCUGCAAGGACAAGCGUGGGUACACCCCACUCCAUGCUGCUGCUGCUAGUGGCCAGAUUGAGGUUGUCAAGUACAUGCUGAGGCUAGGUGCAGAGAUAGACGAGCCCAAUGCCUUUGGAAACACGGCGCUCCACAUGGCCUGCUAUACAGGUCAGGAGGCAGUGGCAAGUGAUCUGGUGAAUCGUGGCGCCAAUGUGAACCAGCCCAACCACCGUGGCUGUACACCACUGCACCUGGCUGCUGUCUCCACCAAUGGAGCGCUCUGCCUUGAGUUGCUUGUCAAUAACGGUGCCGAUGUCAACAUGCAGAGUAAAGAAGGGAAGAGCCCUUUGCACAUGGCCGCCAUACAUGGGCGCUUCACACGUUCCCAGAUCCUCAUCCAGAAUGGUGGGGAGAUUGACUGUGUGGAUAAAUAUGGCAAUACCCCUCUUCAUGUUGCUGCUAAGCAUGGCCAUGAGCUGCUGAUCAGCACUCUCAUGACAAACGGUGCUGACACAGCCAGACAAGGUAUUCACGGGAUGUUUCCAUUGCAUUUGGCUGUGCUCUACGGGUUUUCAGACUGUUGUCGCAAGUUACUCUCCUCAGGUCAGCUGUACAGCAUUGUAUCAUCUCUAAGCAAUGAGCAUGUGCUGUCAGCCGGUUUUGACAUAAACACACCAGACAGCAUGGGGAGGACCUGCCUGCACGCCGCUGCCUCUGGAGGAAAUGUUGAAUGUCUUAACUUGCUAUUGAGCAGUGGUGCAGACUUGAGUAAAAAGGACAAAUUGGGAAAAGCUCCUUUGCACUACGCUGCAGCCAAUGGAAGCUACCAGUGCACAGUUGCCCUGGUGAGUGCUGGCGCUGAGGUGAAUGAGCUGGACCAGAAGGGAUGCAGCCCCUUGCACUAUGCCGCUGCCUCACAGACUUUCCGCAGAGUGGACAGACAUUACUCUGCCAACAGCCAAAGUGAGGAGAGGGAAAAGGAGGCUUUCUUUUGUCUAGAGUACCUGUUGGAUAAUGGGACUGACCCAGCUCUGAGGAACAGCAAGGGUUACAGUGCGGUCCACUAUGCAGCUGCCCAUGGCAACAAGCAAAACCUGGAGCUGCUUUUGGAGAUGUCCUUCAACUGUCUGGGAGAGGUGGAGAGCAACGUGCCAGUCAGUCCUUUGCACUUAGCCGCAUAUAAUGGUCACUGUGAGGCACUCAGGGUGCUGUCGGAGACGCUGGUCAGUCUGGACGUGAGGGACAUGGGCGGUCGCACAGCCCUCUACCUAGCUGCUCAGAGGGGCCACGCCCAGUGUGUGGAAGUGCUACUGGGACAAGGGGCCUCCUGUUUGCUGAAAGAGUAUAGACGCAAGUGGACCCCUCUCCAUGUCGCAGCUGGCAGCGGUCAGACGGAGUGCCUGCUCAAGCUCGUCAACAGAGGAGAGAAGGCUGACGUCAUCGACAUGACAGACGUACAGGGACAGACGGCCCUUAUGCUGGCAGCUCUGGGCAGUCACACUGAUUGUGUACACAUCUUGCUGGAGAAAGGGGCAAGCCCUGAUGCCACAGACAAAAAGGGUCGCACUGCCCUACACAGAGCUGCUGUCAUGGGCAGUGAGGAUUGUGUGUCCGCCAUAUUGGAGCAUGAAGCCUCUGCUCUGUGCAGGGACUCCGGGGGGCGGACCGCCUUGCAUCUGGCUGCAUCUUGUGGCCACACUGAGCUGCUCCGCAGCCUGCUGCAGGCAGCCACAUGUGCAGACCCACUGGACUACCUGCUGGACUUCAGUGGUUACACACCGUCCCACUGGGCCGCCUACCACGGACAUGAGGACUGUUUGGACAUUUUACUUGAAAACAAACCAUUUAGUAUCCAGGAAGGAAACUCCUUUACCCCAUUGCACUGUGCUCUAAUAAAUGGCCAUGAUGGUGCUGCUGAAAUACUACUCGAGACAGUUGGAACUCUGAUGGUUAACAUCAGAGAUCCUAGAGGAAGGACCCCUUUGCAUGCUGCUGCUUAUUCGGAGAGUGUUGCAGGCCUUCAGCUGGUCUUGGCCCAGGGGGCAGAGAUCAACGCUGUGGACCAAUCAGGACACUCCGCCCUCAUGGUUGCAGCCGACAGUGGACAUACCGCAGCCGUCGAAAUCCUGCUGCACCAGGCCAAGGCAGAUCUAACCCUGCUGGACGCCAACGACAACACAGCCCUCCACCUGGCCUGCAGCAAGGCCCAUGAGAUGUGUGCCCUGCUAAUCCUGGGAGAGAUCAGUGAACCCUCCCUCAUCAAUGCAACAAACACUGCACUGCAAAUGCCCCUUCAUAUCGCCGCAAGGAGCGGUCUGGCCACAGUUGUGCAGGUGCUGCUCAGCCGAGGGGCAGCCGUCAUGGCGGUGGAUGAGGAGGGCCACACCCCAGCACUAGCAUGUGCUCCUAAUAAAGAUGUGGCUGACUGCCUGUCCCUGAUCCUGUCCACCAUGAAGCCUUUCCCUCCCAAAGAUGCCAGUGCUGCUGCUGUCGCUGCCUCCCACUUCAGCCUCAACUUGCUGAAGCACUGUGGCAUCGCCGCCACCUGCGGACCUCUACCCAACGGCAACCUGCGUCACGCCUAUGCCAAGGACCACAACGGCACCAUCGGCCUCGACGGCUGCCUCACUGAGUGAGAGGAAUCCCCAGCUCCCAUAGUCCCCUUCUACCCCCUCAUGUCUCUUGAAGCUCCCUUUAGGAUCAACUGUGAUCCAGGGGGACCUUCCACUCCUAAAACACACAAGAGCAGGAAUAUACUUAGAUUCACAUGCGUGCGUGUCUGUAUAUGCGUGUGUCUACCUGUGUUUUUGUUGAUUACUCCCUGAUGAGUGCAGUCAAACCUAUAUGCAAUUAUUUGCCUCUCCUCUGUGUUGUUUGUCUGGAGGUAGGGUAAUCUCAGAUGCUCCCCUUCAUGGUGCAGAAGAACGCACAUCACUAAUUGAUCAUUUGUAGAUGCUCCAUUCUUCUGAGAUGGUCUUCAAAAGUUGUGUAUCCGUUUGGUUACAUUAACAAAUGCACUUAGCAUGUGUGACUGACAGCUAUGGAUCAUAUACUAGGUUAAGUUUUAUGCUGAAAUCUAAGUCCUUUUCUAGUUGACUGUUGAUAGAGGAAUUGACCAAAAGAAAAUCCCAAUACAGUGAACACUGACUUCACAGGAAGAAAAGAUGCUCCACCACUCAACUAGAAAUGUGUUCUCCUUUAACUAAAUGGUGCAAUAUUCAGCUAUCCUCUUGUUCUUGGCCUCUCUUUAAAGACAAUUUCAUAGUUAAAAUGGGAGGAAGAGAGAAAGAUUGGUUUGACUGUACAGGGAAGUGUUUGAAGAGUUAGAGCUCUGAAGAGAACCCCCAUAUAUGAUUACUUGCUAGUGUUCACACACCUAGGGUUUGGACCCUAAAGGUCACCAAAAUAUUCCUUAUUGGCUCAGGUGAUUUGUAAGGCACCUUUCAGGUCUGGUGUCUAUGAUUAACAAAGCUUGCCUGCAUAUAUGAUGUGGAGGAUGUGUCAAACUGUUUUGGUAAUUAGAAGUUAUUUAUAGGUUUUAAAAUGAAGAGUUAAUACAACUACAAUCCAUGACACAAGAUAUUAUAGAGACAAGUUUAGUUUACAAGAUGAAUGAAAAGGACAAAGCCUCUUUGGGUUUUCUACAUAUUCUCCCUCCUAAAUUCACAUGAAGAUGUGGGUCCGCUCAAACCCCACUUCUAUUGUUGACUAUUAACUGCAAUUGACCACGAUAUAUUUGCAGCUCAAGAUGUGUCUUGAAAGUUUCAAAACAAUUAAAACAUGUUGUGCCUAUGGAAAACAGAGAAUUACUGAGGGGGGGAAAAACGGACCCCAUGUUCUCUAUCCUCUGACCCAGCACCUUAUUCCUGAUUGUUUGAGACUUAAUAAGAGAACAAUUCUAGAGCGACAUUUAUAAAACAAUACAACCCUGAUUCAGAAAUGGGAGAAGCACACAUACUGGUGAUGAUUUAUAAGCUAUAUUAUUGUUGUGUACUUAUGUUGUUACUUGUUUACGCAAUCUCAACCACAGAUUAAUUAGUCAAUUGUAUUAUAGUUGCACAAAAUAAGAGCCAUACAUCUAGUAGGAAGGUGAAAGUGUUGUCAAUAUAGCUGCUGAAAUACUGUCAUUCUUUUUUAUGAAUUCUAUUCAGUUUUCAUAAAUGUAGAUCUUCAUUUAGUGUUUUUUUUUUAAUUUUAAUCAGAAACAAUAUUCACACAGCAUUUAACUUAUUUUAUUCUUCUCUUACCUGUUGUAAUAAGGUUUUUGGUAUUUUUACCUAAUUAAGAAGCAACUAAAAGGUUUUUGAAGGGAUUUAUUUGCACUCUACCUCCAAAGAUGAAAUGAAAGUGUUUUCAAUAGGAGUGCAUAGAUUUUAUCAGCAAUCUACCAAAGGUUCUGUUUUGAAAUCUACUGUCCAAGGACACAUUUUUAUUUGUUUUGUUGUUUUGUAAUUUUUUCUUGUCAAACAGCCAUUGAUGUUGAAAAUAAUGAUCCUCUAUUAUUCAUUCAGUGGGCAUGCAAUGUAAGCUCUCAACAGUUAACGUCUAAUUUUGGCAAGUAGAAAAGGUCAGAUGUCUUAUGACAUUUCAUUUAGACUCUUCUAUUAUUUAUUUCAAGCUUUAAGAAUUCAACUUAUUGACCUCACUUUUGUCAAUUCUACAGAUUUAACAAUUUUUAUUGACUGAAAUGGAUGGAAUUCGUAAUUUGUGCAUCAGCUUAAACUAUUUUGCAUUACAGUUUGUCUCAAUUUUACCAAACCAGUGUACCUUGUCGCUAUUGGCGAUGAUCGUCUUCUGUUAUGUUUUGAAGAUUUCUUAAAACGGAAGAAGACAACUUGCAGUUCAAAAUAAUUUACAUUUGACAGUAUUUAACCCCGUUCAUCAACCUUUUUAUUGAUUGGGAACUUUAAACAAAGAUGAGAAAAGUCUCGAAAGUCCUGGCCUGUGAUGAGCCUCAGUCUGUAUGCUGCUUCAUCUUUCACUCAAUAAGUAGGGUUAGCAUCAUUUAAAAUAUUCAAAGUUCAAUAGUUCGAACUAUUUUUUUCUUGUCAAUCUAUAGUUCCGUUAGUCGAUACUUUUGAGUUCGAUAGUGCUAGAGGUGCAGAUUGUUUGAGAGUUCCUAGCAGCAAACAAAUUGUCUUGGGGUAUUGUUAAAAUUGGAAAUUGUAGUUAUUUAUGGAUGGCAAAUUUUGUAACUUUUUGAGAAGACAAUCAGUUUAUUAUCAUAAGGGCUCUUAAAAUUGUCUGAAAUGCUCCCUAUUUUAGUUAUUUUUAAAGUAUGUGUGCUUGCUUCCAUUUCUCCCCUUCAACAAAUGGAAAAUUAUAGUUGUCUUGUGGUGGAGUUAACAGUAACUCAGAAGGCAAGUAACUCCACUGAACCUAAAACACCUUAGUUCCUUUGUUGUAAUUUCUUCUUUUGACAUGCCCCCGUCUUAUCAGUUAUGCAAUUUACCCUACAACUGUUCUCUUUAAAUGGAUUAUCGGUAACAUUUAGGGCAUCUCUGUAGAUGUACAUACUAGUCAAAACGAAUAACACUGAUGCAUCCAUUUCUUGAAUCAUUGCAACUUGAGAUUCAUUGGUCCUGGUGCAUUCAAUCAUAGGGCUAGGAAGGAAUUGAGCUUGGAAAGAAAGAUAAUUGUUAAACUACAAGCUUACAUUGCACCUAUUUUGUGGCCAGUACUUGUAUUCCACAAGGUACUAAAUAUCAACAUCUAUGAAAAUGUAUUAUAUACUCAAUGACCAUCACAUGAUAUAGGAAUAGCAAAUGCCAAAACCAGUGUCAUUGUUGUUCCUCAUGUUUAUACUACUAUAAUACUGAAAAUGAUUGUAUUAAGCUACCUGAACUUUGUGGCAUUUUACAUAUAAGCCUUUUUUAUAUGAUGUCAGAGACUGCUUAGUUCAAUGAAGUGAGAUCACAUCGAGUAAUAAGCCAUUUAAUAAUAGCAUUCUUAUCCACAUUCAUGGGUGGCUUACUGUGUUGCAUAUUAUUUUUAGGUUAGUUAUAAGACUUGCAACUAACGACCACAACUUGAUUCAAUUAAUUUCCCCCCCGGAUAUUGUCUAACAUUUCAUUGUCCAUGGCUCAAAAGGAACAUAUGGUAGUUUCUGAUGUAAAAUGUAAUUCCUUUGUGGAACAAAUAUCUUACCAACGGGAGAUCCUUAACAAGUAAUUGGAUGCCAAAAGACUUCAAGACAGAAGAUAUAGCUUAGUUGAGGGUUUUGAUAAACUCCACAACCUGUUUUGCCAUUUUAUUAUUUGUUACCUCCUCACCCUGUAUUACCAUUCCGUUUACACUGUGGAUUUAGAGGAGCAAUGUACUUAUGGGAAACCAUAGGAUGGCAGAAAGUAUUUUCGAUUUUCAUUGGUGCAUCAAGAACAACAACAACAAAACCUUUGGGACAAUUUUCAUUCAUUCUUGACCCCAAAGCACUUAUUUCAUGAAUAAGCACUUUUGUAUAUUUAAUAUCUCUAUAUGUAUAUGUGUAUGUAUACAUAUGUUACCUAUGUAGAUAUUAACUUAUAUUUAGGAAUGUUUGUAUCAGAAGUAGUGGGAUGAGAGCAGAUGAAAUGGUGAUCCUUUACCCAUGAUCCUCAUGAUGUUGUGUGUGAAUGCAUGUGAGCAACAGUGAGAGAGACAUUUCCUUUUAUGGGUGGGACAUCUCUCUUGGAGGCUCAAAGGGGGGCAGUCAAACAUUUGAGGUUGCACUUUUGUGUGCGCAGCACAUUUAAAUACAUUUCAGACUGAAAAGAAUACUUGCACUGCCUUUCUGUACGUUGCCAAAUAAACGGGAUAAAAAUUAGAACAACAUUUUGAUUUAAGAAUAUUUCAACUGAGCCAUAUUAGUCAAUUGCUGACAAACAAAAGUGAAUGUAUGGUUUAAAUUAGGAAGGGGUUUAAAUGAUGUUGCUGCACUGUUAAAACAAGAAGUAAAAAUAAUGGAAAAUAAUGAGACGAACUUAAGCAAACACAUUUCCCCUAGUUUCCUCAUUGAAUCAUUGUUCUGUAACUCUGUCAUCUUGCGUGAACUGCUGAACGGUCAAGUCCUUGCAAUUUAUGGGAUGAAUUUUAAGGUCAAGUCAUUGUCAUUUGAGCCAUUGCAAGAUAUCAGCAUACACAAUGGAUUAGUUUGCAUCAAAAGCUUGUGGAUUGCAUAAGCAAUGCUUGUGCCUAGCACAAUGCCUUACUUCUAGCAGCACAUCUCAAUCUAAUUAAUUUUUUACAUUAAUUGCAUUUGAUAAUUGCAUCUUUAUUUCCCCUAGUGCUUUCUUUCAACAGUUGCACACACUUGCCCACAAUUCUUCAGUCAGUAGCUGUAGAUGGAAACACUUUUUGAGAUUGCCUUACAAUACCUCUGAGUAAGAGUGUUUUGUUGUUUUUGAAACAUUUUCUUUACAGCACACUACAUUUGUGAAUGUGUCUGUUUUUGUCUUAUAUCAAAACCAUAUCAAAACUAUUGACCUCAAUUUUUUAACAGAGCACCCCUGCUGUUAAAGACCCUCAAGUGCUGAAGAAAUGUCAAUUUUUCUGUUCACAAAAAAUAUAUAUUUUCAGUGAGAUUGGUCUCUUUUCAGUGUGUCAGCACAAAGAGAUUGACAACAUAUUUUUUAAUGGCAAAUAGGAGGUUAAACAAUUGUUUGUCCUUUAUGGUGUUUUUCUGUCUUAAUACAGGCUAUUGAACUAAAUACUGCAUCAGUCAGGCAGAUAUUACUCAUGCCUAAAUGGGACAGUUCUUUCUUGGGGCAAACAUUUUAUGCAACUGUAAAGUCAUCUUUUUUUUCUUGGAAAUAAAUCCAUAAUUAAAUAACUAAUUGGAAUGAUUAUAUCUUGCAAUGGCUCAGAAGACUAUGACCUCACCAUUAAAAGUUUCCACCUUAACAAAGCUUCAGUUUUACAAAAAUAUAUAAUUAUAUAAUGAAUGUGCUUGCUGCAAAACCGGCCUAGUAGUGACAUUGUUGUUAUUUAUAUAAUUGUGUUGUUUUGCUGAAAAAAGCAUUAGAGUCACACCUGAAGAGCAUGUUGGGUAAUUGAGAAGAGUAAAAUUGAACCUACUGUAAGUUGUUGAGUACUGUAACGAGUUAUGAGAGAUGUUAGGAGAGACAAUACAUUGGAAAGGGAAUCAGAAAUUAAGCAUCAUUUUCUUUUCUACCCAAAAACUACAAUAAAGCAGGGUACUUGGAAUUUUGGGCAAUUUAUCGAAUGUUGUGCAAAAUUGUAUGGAUUAGGUGGAAUUAUAUGAAAAUCUAUAGAUUCACGUUCUAGUUGCAUAAUGAAGCUGCCUUUAACUUUGAAACACUAAAGUUGAUAAAAAUGAAAGUGAAAAUGAAAGUAUUAAUUCAAGAAGGAACAUUGCCAUGCAAAUUUAAAUGAUAAGAGAUACAUUAGGGGAAUGUGUGCUGGGUGGUUUUGUUAUGUUACAGUAUAGUGAAGAGUACAACAGUGAGCCAUGGUUGUGGUCUCUAGUCCUCUGGGAUAUUUAUCCCAAUUACCUCUAGGACACAGAUGUCCUUCAUUACUUGAAAACUCAUUGGAUUAAGGCGAUAGCUAGACAACUCCUUUUUGUUGUGUCUUUAAUUCCAAUUUAAAGGUAUUUCAUGAUUAUAACAUGAUGGCUUGCAUUACUUUUCUCAUGUAGCCAAAUGUUAAUUUCCUUUAGAUGGAAUUUAUUGUGAUAGACUAGUCUCUUAUGUGUGUGCGUUCAUUGGAUUAUUAGCUGUACAAUUCCUUUAUUAAACACAUUUACUCCAAAAAAAUACAAAAAAAUAUUAUUGCCCCUAUUUCAGCUUUAUUUAUGGAGAAAGACAGGAAAGAGAAAGAGAGGACGACAUGCAGGCAAUGACCCGGGCCGGAAUAAACCCAAGGCCCUUGCGUCAAGACCUUAGCCUUAGUGGUAUGAGCCACCGGGGCACCACACACAAAUUUACUUGAUCCACACUCCACUAACUUAUGUUUAAUGUAUUUCUCAAGGAGUAACCAUUGUUCUUUUACUCUUAAUCUCUAUAAAUCUUAUCCAAAACAAAUUUAAAGUGUGUAAACUAAUUCAACAUUCAGGAUACUUUGCACCAAUUUAAAGAGUAUUUUAAUGUCUUGAUACAAUAGUUUAUUUGUCCUACAUGUCACUAUUUGCAGGUUCACAUACAGUGACUUGAAAGAUGUCACUGCUGCUAGAUUAAGUUAUGAAUUGUAGUGCUCCAUGAAAACUGGUGUUGACUUAUCUUUUUUUUUUCUUUACAAUAGUUGUCUUCUUUUAAAUACUUCAGGGACAUUAAUGCUACCACAGCAAGUGCUUUGCAUUUCUAUAAUUUAUUUUUUUAAAGGGCAGUUAAUCAGUACCUCCCUCAAUCCAAAUAGACUAUUUAUGAAGGGAAUGCAUGCCCCCAGAUAGACAGCUUUCUUUAGUGGGACUAUGUUUUACUAGACAAGCCAUAAUUUGGCAUCAAGCAACUUACCUCAAAAUAUUGGUGUCGUACAAGGAUUUUACCCAAAUCGAUAUAUCUUUUAGAUAUAUUGUACCUCAUUGGAGAGUAAAUGUCAUGUGAUACAUAUGCAACGUUACUUUUUUUUUUUCUUUCAUGUUUAAUGGUUGCUUCAUGACCUAACACAGUUGUUUAUAUCUACUACACUAUGUAUUGGGUGGAAAAUAAGACUAGUUUUUAGAAUCAAAUGACAUCCACUACAAAAAUGCCACAGUAUAAGCAACCAAAGGAGAGAGAUGUUUUCAGAUAAUUUUGUUUCACAUCAUAAAGUACCUUCUUUACUAGAGUUGUGCACAUUUUUAUGUAUACUGCACAUGUAAGUCUAACUGCUCUUUAACAGGGAUUUAGUUUGGUUUGAAGAUCAUGUAGGCUGAACAUUUUUGUGCAAAAUGUUAACUUAAGUAUACUUAGCCUGUGCAUACUGUCUUGCUUCAUCAGGAAUCCAUUUAACAAAUGUAGAACAAGUAGUUUCCGAUCACGUAAAUUUUAAGGCAAAACGGUCUUCCAUCCAUGCCAACUAAAAGCCUUAUAGUUGAUCAAUUUGAGGUCACCUCCCAGACACACAACUACAACAGACAGGGUGUAAGAUGUCUUCACUGUGUCUAUAUAUAACACAUAAACAUUUAUUAAUUUGAUAAUUAGCAGAAUAUAUUUUAGAAGCAUAUAUCCAAAUAAUUACUUGUGCUAUUAUCAUGAACUUCUUCUGGUUACUUUAUUAUAAUUAGUUUUCUAUGGUUUGUUUUAUGCCUUAGUCUUGGUUGGCUAGCCAUAAUUGAAAGACUAGCCUUUGAAAGGACUUGACAGAUCAUAUGUAAAACUACAGAUCCAAGUUGUAGCUAAGAUACCAGGAGUUUGGUGCAAAUAAAUGUAAAAGCAAUAGUGACAAGUGCACUUUGGAGAGUCUUUGAAGCACAGCAUCACUAGAAUGCACAGCAAAUACAGGAAUUGUGCAUAGAUUGUUGAUUUUGAAUACACAAAAAAAUCUUUAUUAAUUAAUUUAAUUAAUUUGAUUAGUAGGUUCACACGUUUUACUUAAUAAUAUUAGUAUAAUGACAAUUUAAAAACAAAUUUUAUGAGAAAAAUAAAGUUGUAGCUUAAACUGUUCAGUAGCUAGUUUUAUGCAACCCCUUGAAUUGGGCCUCUGCGUUUGUAAAUAUUCAUGUUUCCUGUAUUGUGAUGUAUUCAAAGUUUGUGUCAUUUUUUUAAUAACAUCAAGGCACUGGUUUUAGUUGAGAUGGUCAUAGAGGAUUGUAUUUUGUGUAUAGGAGAGAAUGAGUUGUUAUGCCAGAAAGACUCUGCUGUUGGCUGCUGUUUAAUGUGUGAUGUUUUAGGUAUUAUCUGUUGGGUCCUCAUUAUGUCAAAAUAUGUUCAUUAAUAUGAGAGAACUAUGUGCAUGAAUUGGUGUCAGCAAAAAGGCAAAGAAGUAGUGUGAACAGUAGAUGUUCCAAUCUACAUAAUCACACUUUCCAAGUUUACAAAUAAGGUGAAUAAUAUAAUUUUUUUAAUUGGUAAACAAAAUACAUUCCCUUUUAAACACAAGUGAUGUUUGUUGGAUUUUGGUGCUAUGGUCUGUUAUAAUCUUUGAUUAGUCCUUACAUUUGCUUUAAUUGGAUUUAUAAAAAAAAAUAGAACAAUUUAAGCUGGCAAGGUUGAUGAUGUAUUAUACAGUGUCCAAAGUGAUAUAUAAGGUCAUACAAAUUAAAGGACCUGUGAAUUUAAUAAUUAACACUGGUACAAACAAAAUAUUUUUAAAAGGUUGGCAGGAGACAGUCCUUUACGUUAACUUCCCUCUGUAUUAUUUCGAUUAUAUAUGCUUAGUUUUCAAAGAGCAGAGGUAUCUUGGAUUGUUGGAAAUUGUUAAGAAUUAUACUGUUACGUUUUUUUUUAUGUUGCCCAAUAGGCCAGCUAAGACAGUUAUUGCACCUUAACUCUAUUCUUGCCACAAACAUUGAAUGAUUAUGCUGGCCACUUAAAUUAUAAAUGCAAUGUCUCAUUUUCGGUUCUACAGGAGGUACCUUCUUUCUUCCUGACUUUUGCUAGCGUGGAUGUAGGUUGAAACUAUUACAGGGUUGCAGUUCAGUGCUAAAAUUAUAAUUUGUCAUUUAAAGUGAGACUCUGGCAUAAUGACUGCCCACAUCAGUGUGAGCUGGAGGUAAACUUUCCAUGGUGCCCUACCCUCUGGCCUGACCAUAUAUUCAGGUGGUGCAAUGAGAAAAUGAACUGCUUUUUCAGGACCCAGCUUUUACUUGCCUUUUUGCACCUUUGGCUUCAUUAAGUAGGGAUUGGCUAGUGCUAGUUGAUAUUGAGCAUGUCCUCAUUUGGUCAUCGUAUAUAUUCCUUGGUUUAUAGCCUUAAGUUGCUCAUAGCAGAUGAGACUUAUGUUGUGUUUUCAAGCAAGAGAUAGAAGUUUCAGAAAUAGGUUAUUGUAACAACCCAUAAAAAGGUUUCUGCGUAAAAUCUCUAAUUUUAAGUUCAAAAUCCACGCUAUGUAAAUAGAUUAAAAUGUGACUUAGGUUUCCUACCUCCUUGAUACACAGCUGUCAGCUUAGCUCCUAACCACCUUUUUCAUGUUUCAAAGAAUGAAAUAAAUAUUAUGAAUUAUUUUAAUCAUAAGGGCAAAAGCUAAUGUGAGCUUGACUGCGUGUAUUUAUGUGAUGUAUGCAUACAUGGAAGGAAAUAUGAUAUCACAACCACUGGAAUGUGAAGCCAAACUGUAUUAAAUUAAAUCUAAUCUCGUUUGAACCUCUAACUGUUGUAGCAUAAAUUAAACAUAACUGGGUACACAUUGGUUGUUAUUCAUACAUGUAGUGACAUGGUACUUUUUGAUUGAUAUUUUUAAAAUAACAUCCUUUUCAGUAUCCUUAAAUAAGUCUGCAUAUUUUUUAUAGAAAGGUGCAUUUUACAUGUGCAAGUUGAGCCAUACAUCUAAAGAUCAAGUUUACAACUGUAACUGUAUGAUUAUGAGAUUAACUGAAAAGCAACAAGUAACAAAUGCUCCUAUUUUAGUCUGAUGAUGGGAAUAUGAUGCAUGUGGUGUUUAUGAUAGAAGGGAAAACGUAUCAUAUCCAGCCUUAAAACCUUUCAGAAACUCUAGAACUUUGAUAAUUUCUGUCACCAUCUUGCCCCCAAUUUAAUAAACCUUUGGUAUUUGAUUAACGCAGAGGAAUGUGAGAUACAAUUAGUAGGGAGUGAGGAUAUUGGGGAGAUGCCCUAUACAUUCUGUAUAUCCCCACCUCUGAACUAAUCUCCUACCUGUUAAUGUUUUUAUGUGACAAUGCAAUCUUUGAAAGCACUUUGCCUUGUUAGAACAUAAAUGUGCUAGUGAAUUGUUAAUUGUUACGUACAUGUAAAAAUACAUGAUUUAACUAAAACAAAAUCUGUAGACCUUUCAGACACCAAGAAAAACCAAGGCAUCCUAUAAGAUUAUUUUAUACAAUGUAUGCUGCAGCCUAUGAGUCCUGUCAUUUAGUGUUGUGGCUUCUGAUUGGUUAUGUUUAAAUAAAGUGCUAUUGCUUAUAUCUAUUAAUUAUGUUUGUCAUGGAUUCUUUUUACUUGUUUUACACUUGUAAAACCAUCAUAUAUAACACACACUGAUAUGCCAUAAUGUAUCUUUUUACAGUGCACAAGACAGAACACAAAGGACAAUGAUAUUUUGUAAUUGCACAGGAAAGAACCAGAGGGAAGAGUCAUGGAUUAAUCUCAAUGUAGAAAAUGUAAUGCUUAACUUGAAUUACAAAGGGUUUCACCAUGUGUCAGUUUCCUGGAUACUUUGUAGAAAUGUUCCUUCUGGCUUUGAUAUGGGAUUUUAUUUAUUAUAGCAAUUCAUUUUAUUGUAUAAACUCUGAACUGCAACUUGUCCUUUUCGGAAUCUACAUAAGAAAUUGAUUUACUUGCCUGUUUUAAAAAAUGUUGCAGUACAAAGAAAGUGAAGGUAUAGUUAAUAUAAUGUAUUUGGAGUCAACUACAUGUAUACUUAAGUUUUCAGUAUUCUAAAUCCAACAAUUAAAA